AUGGCUGUGUAUGCAAUUUUCGCAUUUUGUUUAAUGACAUUGGUGUACGCUGAAGACGAAAAUCGAAUUCAAACACUAGAACAUGAUGUUGACACCUUGCGUGUUAUGGUACAAGAACUGACUACCGAAAAUAAGUUGUACAAAACCGAAAUGGAAUUGAUGACAGAGAAAAUGAGACAGAUGGAAACCAAAAUCGAUAGAGAACUUUCUGGACAAAAAAAAGAAGAUAAAAGACUACUGAUGACAGAUCAGCCACCUGUUUCCACAUCCAAUCAUGUUGCAUUUUACACCCAGUUGACAAAAACUUUACAUCUAGCGACUAACCAGAUGGUUGUAUUUGACCACAUACAACUUAAUCAUGGUAAUUCGUAUAGUUCACUUGACGGAGAAUUUGUUUGUACCCUACAAGGUACCUAUGCCGUGUCUUGGACAAUCACCUGUUCAGACAACACAGCGAUUGAGACGGAGCUCGUUGUAAAUGGAAACGUGAAAGGACACAUUUUCACUGAUGCUGGAAACCAUGCAGACUAUGAAACCAAUUCGGGAACGGCUGUACUAGAUCUAAAGGUUGGUGAUCGGGUAUGGAUUAGAGUUGGACAUGUAUACAAUGGACAGAUAGUUGGAAAUGGACUCGGGUCUUCCACGUUCUCUGGAUUUCUUGUCAACCAUCAGGCUGUAUGAAUAAACGUUGAACUGUGAGACAAUUUUUCGAUCGACAAUGUAAUUUAUGUAUGAUGGCAGGGAUUUCGUUACCACAAAUUAAUUAAAACCUAUACCAAAUUCUUUCAUAGAUACAAAGAGUUUGUUAGGACGUUUGGCUGUACCUGUAGAAUUCUUUUAAAGAACGGGAAUUCACAUCCUAAUUUUCGGUGAUGUUGUUUAUAAAGCUCGUACAUUUAGAUACGAUCCAU